AUGAAGGAGUCUGCACCGUCAGCAGCAGCAGCAGCACCUGCUGCUGCUGCGCCUGCUGCUGCUCCUGCUGCUGCUCCUGCUGCUGCUCCUGCUGCUGCUCCUGCAGCUACUGCAGCAGGAGCAACAGACUCUGCCGACCCUGCUGCAGUUGCAGUCCAGCCAUCAGCAGCAGCAGCAGCAGCAGCAGCAUCAACAGCAGCAGAAGGACACAUUCGCAAGCGUUUGAAGACGGAAGCCGGCCUUGAUGCUCCAGCCCCUUCCAACCCUCCUCCGCCGCAGCAACAGCAGCAACAGCAGCAGCAGAAGCAGCAGCAGCAGCAGCAGCAGCAGCAGCAGAGGCGCACGACAGGAGGAGGCCGCUAUGUAUUAGCGGACACGUUCUUAGGCGAGGGAACGUACGGUCGCGUAGAGAGGGCCUGGGAUCUGCAGCUGCAGCAGCACGUAGCGAUAAAGAAAGUAAACUCAGCUACCUGCAGCAGCAGCAGAAGCAGCAGCAGCAGCAGCAGCAGCAGCAGCAGCAGUAUAAGCAACAACAAGAUGCUGCUUAGACAGAGCGUAGGGCAGGUGGGCCUCCACUUCACAACAAUAAGAGAGUUGAAGGUGAUGCGGGAGUUGCAGCCGCAGCCUCGCCAGCAGCAGCAGCAGCAGCAGCAACAGCAGCAGCAGCAGCAGCAGCAGCAGCAGCAUUUGAUGGGCUUGCUGGAUGUAUUCACAGAACAAGGAAGCAUCUGCUUAGUAAUGGAGGAGAUGAAAGGCGAUAUAAGAAGAGCGCUGGACGGCAGCGCUCGUCUAUCAGAGCCGCAGGUUAAGUGCAUCGUGCUGCAGCUGCUGCAGGCGCUGCAGCAGCUGCAUGCGCGGUAUCUGCUGCAUAGGGAUAUAUCUCCAGCUAAUAUAUUUGUUGCUGAGGGAGGCAUAUGCAAAUUAGCAGACUUUGGUCUUGCAAGGGCCUUUGCUGCUCCUGCUGCUCCUGCUGCUGCUGCUGCUCUUGCUAGAGCACAGCAGCGCCAGCAGCAGCGCAAGCAGAUGCAGCAGAAACAACAACAACAACAGCAACAACAACAGCAGCAGCAGCAGCAGCAGCAGCAAGGUCAGCAGCAGAGUCCUUCCCAGCCGCCGAACUCGUCCUCUCAACAGCCGAAACAGCAGCAGCAGCAGCAGCAGAUGAUGAUGCAGCAGCAGCAGAUGCUGCUGCAGCAGCUAGGCAGCAAACGCGAGCUAAUGACUCCUAAAGUUGUUACUCUGUGGUAUAGGGCCCCCGAGUUGUUGUGGGGUGCAGACAGAUAUGCAGAUAAAGUUGACCUUUGGAGCGUCGGCUGCAUCCUCUUCGAACUCAUCACAGGUCGCGCUUUGUUUCCAGGUUCGAAUGAUGUCGAUCAACUCUGCCGCAUUUUUUCUCUUCUAGGAACCCCACAGCCUGCGCCGCUGCAGCAGCAGCAGCAGCAGCAGCAGCAGGGCCACAGCAGGAGCAGCGGUGGGCAGGGUGGUGCUGCUGCAGCAGCACCAACAGCAGCAGCAGCAGCAGCAGGAUCUCUUCCUCUCUGGCCUAAUGUUGAUUCGCUGCCGUCUUACUUCGCUUUCUCUGCUGUUGCAGCAAAGAAUCUAAAGCAGCUGCUGCCCUUCAGCAGCAGCAGCAGCAUUGAUUUGCUGCUGCAGCUGCUGCAGCUGGACCCGAACAAGCGCAUUUCUGCUGCUGCUGCGCUGCAGCACAAAUGGUUUAGAGACAGCCCCCCGCCCUCUGCUGCUGCUGAUACCGCAGCAGCUGCUGAUGCUGCAGCAGCCAAUGAUGCUGCAGCAGCUGCUAAUGCGGCAGCUGCUGAUGCUGCUGCAGCAGCUGCUAAUGCGGCAGCUGCUGAUGCUGCAGCAGCAGCUGCUGCUGAAGAGAAGCCCCCUGUGGGGCAGGCAGCAACACCGUGA